GUUCGCUGGUUCUAAGUCACACAGCGACGAGGCGUUGGGAGUCCUGAUCCAGGACCUGUGCCUCUAGCCCCUGGCUCACUAGAGCAUCCCAGAAGCCUGGGUGAGGAGUCGGGGUGGAGGGAGGGUCCUGGGACACUGGCACAGCUUGAAAACCUCCAGGAGCCACAGCUGGGUGGCUCUUCCAGCACCCAGGACCUCUGGAGUCGGCUCCAAGGUCUGGGAAGGUCGGGCAUGGUGGAAGGGAAGAUGAGAGAAGGGGGAUCCGAGGUUCCCUUCUGACCUCUCCUUGGUUCCCCAGGACAGACGUUGGAAGAGACCACAUCCAUUUCUACAGUGGACCCAACUAUUUUGGGCACCCAUGGCCCGACGCAAGUCCCAGGCUCAGUCCACCCGGAAGUCCAGUCCACCCCCCAGACCUGGACCCAGCCUACUGAAGAAACAACACAAAGCCAGAACAGGACGGAGACCCAAAAGCCGACAGGAAUGGACAUGACAGACCCAGGGACAGGAAUGGACGUGACAGACCCAGGGACGCUCACGAGCAGCAAGGAAGGCACCACAGAGCUCCCUGGGGGGCCAUCCCCAAGCAAAGACGUCAUGAUGGACCCCCUGAUCCCCAGCUCAUCAGGUUUGGAUGAGGAUGACCCCUUCUACUAUGAUGAGGCCACUCUCCGGAGGCGGGGACUCCUGGUGGCAGCUGUGCUGUUCAUCACGGGCAUUAUCAUCCUCACCAGUGGCAAGUGCAGGCAGCUGUCCCAAUUGUGCCGGCGUCAACGCAGAGCCUACAGAGUGGUCAGUAGAAGAAGCCCCGCCUGAGAGGGAAGACCCCGGUGGACGGAGCCAGACCUGGGCUGACCCCCGAGUCCCACCUGCCCGCUGCCGCCCCGGGGGCUGCGGGCUCCCUGGGCACCGCCCCCGAAG